AUGUUUGGCAACACAGCAGGCGCCUCAUCUACAGGCGGAACAGGCUUCUCUUUCGGGGGCUCUAAUGCUUCGAAGCCUGCAUUUUCCUUUGGGAACACUCAAAACAAUACUCCAGCUGGCUCCCAGCCCAAUUCUACAGGCGGUCUGUUUGGGGCCAAUAACAACAAUACCACGGGAUCUACAAACAUCUUUGGGGCCAAUUCGAAUACAAGCAAUGCGUCAACUGGAUUUGGAAACACAAAUUCCUCGACUUCUGGAGGAUUAUUUGGAAAUAACACCACCUCAGGUGGAUUAUUUGGCCAAAACAAUACGUCCACCGCACCAAAACCAGCAUUCUCGUUUGGUAAUAAUGCAAACAAUACCAAUCAAACAGGAGCCUCCGCAAACACAGGUUUCUCAUUUGGAGGAGCUUCGAACACUCAAAAUAAUACGCAAACUGGCAACCAAACUGGAGGCCUUUUCGGAUCCUCAAGCACUUCUGCUCCUUCCACGAAUACGGGAUUCUCUUUCGGAAAUACCAACAAUGCAGCCAAUAAUACAUCCAAUACGUCCACCAGUUUAUUUGGAAAUAAACCUGGAGGGCUAUUUGGACAACCGUCUCAACCUACCGGCACAGGCUCUUCACUAUUUGGAGGAAAUCAGCAAUCAGGCUCAGGUGGCCUUCUGGGUAACCAGCAAAACACUGUUGGCACAUCGGGAGGUCUUUUUGGCAAUCAACAAAAUAGCAGUUUAGGAGGCACAGGCAGUCUUUUUGGCAACCAACAAAAUACAUCUGGAACGUCUGGAGCAUUAUUUGGCAACCAGCAACAAAAUACAAAUCUCAACCAGCCCCAACUGCCUCCGUUAAACCCUAUGACCAAAGUGAGCGAUCUACCGGAGGCUUUUCAAAAAGAGCUGGAGCAGCUGGACCAAUACAUUCAGACUCAAGUGGCUAUUGCGGAGCGACUAAAGAACGACGAGGAUGAACACAAAGAACUUAUCAACAGCAUUCCUAGAGACAUUGAUUUCCUUGAGAAACGUUACUUUUCUACUAACCAGGCUCUUAAUAGCGACCUGAAGUUCGUCGAAAGCUUCAAAAACAAGACCCUCGAAAAUUUUGACAACUGGGUGGAGAAAUUAAUCAAGGUCUAUUUACAGCUGACCAAUCCAAUGAUUCUGGGAAUGUCCAACAACGAGCAAGCAAAGUCUGCAGAUGGCACGGUAACCCAAAUCAUUGGAGUUAAUGGAGUUAGGACUGCAGGCCUUUUGCAAUCGCAGCCUUCCAAGUCGCAACAGCUGGAUAAAGACUCCCAUGUGAAUGUUCCUCAAAUCCUCAACAGCUACUACAGUGCCAAGAUUGAAGAGUUUAGACAAAACAUUGACAAGUACCAGUUGAUUCUGCAAGAAGUAGAAAAUUCAAUUAGCGAUCUAGACAAGGUUUCAUUAAGUGGAGGCCCGGCCAUCGGUUCAUACGGUCUCGAUAUGAUUGUCAGCACAUUGAAGGAAGAAUUCCAGCUUUAUGUCGAGCUGGCCAAUGAGUUUGCAGAAGUCCACCAUCAGGUUAAAAGGCUCGAUGACGGGUCAAUAUAG